AUUAAAAGCUUGAUCCGGCGAUCUAGUCCAUUGCACCAAUAAUGGACUAUGAUCUAUUCCAGUCGGAUGACGAUGAGGACAUUCUAACCGCCUUUUUGCAAGCAACACAAAAGCCACAGGCAGAAUCGCUGGCGCCGUUGGAUCAGUUAUUGAACAGCAAUGAGGAGUUCGAUCAUGAGGACGAUGCCUUGGAUCUGCUGCCCGAAUUUAACUGCACUGGCCGAGAUACAAUCAAGACACAAUCCGACUUGCCCAGCAGUGGAUUUGUACGCAAUGGCUACGCGUUGAAUGCGCAGGUGCCACGCAGCCGGCUGGACAGACUGUGCUUUGACUUCGAGUCGGAUCAGCUGAGAGUGUGCGCAGUCUUGCGUUAUCUACAUGGCGAGGCUUGCAAGAAUAUACAGAAGUUGUGCGGCGCCGUGGCGGGCCAGCAGCAACUGCAAUCCAAGUCCUCACUUCAUGCUGCCAGUAGCUGGUACACGGUACGCCAGCAGGUCACACAUUACUAUCAUCUGCUGCUACACGACAUGGACUCGGCAGAACAGUGGCAGCUGGUAUAUCCGGCAGUUAGACAGCUGCGCGAGCUGCUCAACAGCUGCCUGGACGCGGCCGCCUGGCGUAUCUUGUACUUUGCCGAGCAUGGCAAGGGCAACGAGUGCCAGGCGCCUGCUUACCAUCUAUACCACGGCGCACUCGAGUGGCGUCUGCUGGACUUGUGCUUGCAGCGCAAGUUUGAAGCAAAUGCGCUUGAUACAGCGGGACAGUCAACAUAUUUGUCACAAUUGGAGCGCACUCUGAAUGAUCUGGUGCUAUGCGCCAGUUAUUAUCAUAAAAGCAAACACAGUGCCGAGCUGCUGCACACUUCGGCUUUUAUGUGUCGCUGCAGCAAGGAGCUGUGGCUCUGGCUGUUGCUGCACCAGCAAACGGACACGGAUACCGCUUUCUGGCCGCUGUUCCACAGGGCCAUGCAGCGCCACAAGGCGCAGCUGCAGCUGGACGCCGCCGGCGCCGCCGUCGCCUACCAUGAGUUUUAUGCCUGGCUGCGCCUUAGCCUGGCUCGUUUGGGCGCAUACGAUGCAGCUGGAAUCCAGCGCUUACAACCGGCGCCAGUAGCAGCAGGCCAGUUGCAGACGGGCGGCUUACUACGUCAGUUUCUGGCCAGCCAGCCGGAUGAGCAGCAGCGACGCGUCUAUCUGUGCCUGUUGGCGCCGUUGCAGCUGCAUUGGGGCCAACCCGACACGGAUGUGCUCUGCCAGCUGUGGGAGUGUCUGCAUCGUUCGCUCAACUGUAACUUUAGUGCGGGCACGGCGCAGCUAGAGCAACUGCCGCUGAUCUGCGCUAGCGGCGCUGCCUAUUUGGAACGCUAUCGGACGCUGCUGGGCAAGCCACAGCUGGAGGAUCUAAAUCUGAGCAGUUUUACGCUGUUCGCGCUGCUGCUGGGCAAAACGCUCCAACAGCUGCCGGCACAGGGCCGUGGCAAUCAGGCACAGAAGCUGCUGGGACGCAUCUUUAGCAAAUUCAGUGCUGCCAAGCUGCUGGCGCUGAAUGAGUCCGGCAUACACCAUGUUAUUGAGCUGUUCCUGUGCCUAUUGCUGACGUAUGACGAGUUUGGUGAGCUGGCGCCCAAGCUGCGCGAAAUGCUGCUCUGUCUGGCGCUGGACAAGCUGCCCACGGCGCGUCGCCUGCUGGCAGCCAAAGGUCAUAUGGCUGUGCUGCUGCUUCAUGCGCAACGUCGCCAGCCACUGGACGAUUAUGUGGCCAAGCUGCUGUCACAGCUGGCAGCCGUGCGCAACGAUACGGAUGUGGGCGGCAUCUAUGCGGCCACGCUGGAGCCCAUCUUCGAGCUGGCCGAUGAUUUUGCACGCGGCGAACAGCUGCUGCUGGCGCCCUGGCUUACCCAUUACAUGGAGCACAGCGCACAGGCGGCACAGGAGCGCGUCUGGCAGGCACUACAUUUGCUACUACAAAAACUAAAAGUCCACAUGUCGGCCAGCGUGUGGGAGGCACUGCAGCAGCAUGUGCUGCCGCAGCUGCGUCUGCAAUACGUAAACGGCUUUAGUAGCUGGCUGCCCAAGCUGGCCGCCGACUUCGUGGCACUGGACAAGGACAAAAAGCUGCUCGAGUCUCUGCUGCUGGGCGCCGAGCCGGCAAAUACGGCAGCCAGCGCACAGCUGCUGCUUCAUGUGCUGCAGGAUGUAGAAGCUGUUGGCCAGCAACCGUCCGGUGUGCUCAUCCUUCAAGUGUGGAUUAAAUCCUUGGUGCUGCUCAAUGCCCAGCACGAUGCGGUGAUUGCGUUGACGCCGCUUGUCAUCCAACUGGAAGAGUUUCGUGCGCUCGGCCUGGACGCCGAAUCGCUGGCCGGCCGGGAGCCACUGUGUGCGUUCUUCGGGGCCUUGGGUCGACGCGCCCAGCAACAGGAGGCCGUGGCCCAUGUACGCAUGCAGCUCAGCCACAAGCUGCACGCCUAUGUGGCGCACUUUGAGCACUGGCUGCCCACGGACCAGCGAGCACGCAGCAAAGCAGAGCCGCAAGGCCGCCAAGAGCGUCCCGAGCUGGGAGCACGCUUCUACAACUUUUUGGCGAUUGUUAUUUAUAAUUGCGCAACGCUGUCCUAUGUCCGCUCCAAGCCCAGCUGCUUCUUUCACCUGGCCAUGGUGCGUUUCCUGCUGACCACACAGCUGCAGGCGGGCGUGCCGCCCGAGGGUCGACUGCCGCAGCUGGUGCACAAGAUAUUUCCGGUGCUGUUGCAGGGCAUUGGCCGGCUGCCGUAUCGCACGGAUGCGUAUCUCAGCCGCACGCUGGAGCAGCUUGUGCUGCACUGGACACCGCAUUUCGGCUUCUCUAGCAAUGUCAAGCUGGUGGCGCGUCCAUAUGCAACGCUCCUGCAAUCGGAUGCGGAUGGGGAGUUGGCGCAGUUUGUGCUGCAGCAGUUGGCCAGCCAGUUUCUGGGCGUGCAGCGCAGCCAGGCGGGCACGCAUGUUGGCCUAAUCUUGACGCUGCUGCAGCAGCUUCUCAGCGGCCUGGACGAGACGAUGGAGAUGUCACGCGAGCAGCUGCCCAGCCCAGAGGCGCAGCUGUUGACGCUGCUGCGAGCGGUGCAUGUGCCGCUGCUUGAGCAUGUGAUGUUUGUCGGCGAGCUGGAGCCCAGUCGCGUUCAGGUGUUGAGCCUGUAUCGCGUGCUCGUUAAUUUGCGCCAGUUUCAGCGCUCGACAGCGGCACAUGAGCUCUGCUCCGGCGAUAUACGCAGCCUGGCCGAAAAGCAUUUGGCGCACUGCACCUACUUCUACUUUCAGAUGCUCAUCAAGCUGGCGGAGCAGGCGCCCCAAAUGGUGGCGCCCCUCUUUGGCUUUGUGCGCGAGCAGGCGCACAGCGUGGAGCUAAAACGCGGCGCUGGCGAGGAUGUGGGCAUACGCAAGUGCCUGCAGCGUUUGCAGCAGGUGCUGCAGUCCACCUAGUUAGGUACAUAUAUA